AUGGCUAGUCGUAUCAAAACUCCGACUAAUGUGAAAUUAUUGACGAAUGUCGCUGUGGUGCGUAUGAAGAAAUGUGGCAAACGAUUCGAAAUAGCAUGUUACAAGAACAAGGUUGUUAAUUGGCGCAAUCGAGUUGAAAAGGAUAUUGAUGAAGUGCUCCAAACACCAACCGUUUUUACAAACGUUUCAAAGGGAUUAGUCGCAAAACGUGAAGAAUUGAAUGCAGCGUUUGGUACAGAGGAUCAGCUGGAGAUAUGCAAAAUAAUUCUCGAUAAAGGGGAUUUGCAAGUAUCCGAAAAGGAGCGUCAUGUACAAUCAGAGUCUUCAUUCAAAGAAGUCGCAAAUAUAAUCACAAAUAUGUGCGUUAAUCCAGAAACGAAACGUCCGUACUCGUUAGCGGUGAUCGAGAAAGGAUUGCACGAUUUGCAUUUCAGUUUGAAACCGAAUCGAUCCGCUAAACAACAGGCAUUGGAAAUGAUACCAAAAUUGCGCGAAAUAAUGACAAUCGAUCGUGCCGAGAUGCGUCUUCGUAUUUCGGUGGAAGCAAAAGAAGCAAAACGUUUGCACGAUCGUCUCAAAUCACUUUUCUCGAAUUUGGAAGUUGAGGAUUGGGAUCAAGGCAAUCUUGAAAUUGUUGGUCUGAUUGAACCAGGCUCCUACAGAACGAUCGAUGAAUUGGUACGUAAAGAAACCAAGAACGCUGCACGAAUGGAAUUGCUUAGUUUGAAGGUGAUAAAUGAAGGUGACAUCGAAAUAUCAUAA